AGGGAGGAAGCAUGGGUGGCGGAAGAGGGGCUGAAGGAGUGUGGAGGGGGCAGGGCUUUGGCCUCCUUGUAACCAGCAGAGAGAAGAACUUCGCUGGGCUCUUCAAGGAAGUCCUGUUGAUCACUACGGGCACAUCACACACUCCUGGAGCCAUGAUCUUCACUCCCUUCCUUCCACCUGUUGAGCUGAUUGUGAAAGGCCCGCAUAAGGACCCUGCGGAAUGUGUUGUUUUCUCUGACACCACGGAGAACCCAUCCGGAGGCACAGGCUCGCCCAGAGAGCCUGCUCUUCUGCGAGAGUCUUGGAGGAGCCGGUUCCAGAGAGCCCUGGCAUGUUUCACCAGGUCCUUCAGGGGAGGAUACCAGACGCUCGAAAACUGAGACCACGGAGCCGCAGACACAGAGCCAUGAACGGUGAUCAAGCCCUCUCUGUUGCCUCAUGCCGCUGCUUUCCACGGUGUCUCCGUUGCUGGGCCUGAAAUAAAUGCUGGCAUGCUUGAC